UUGUUUACAAUAACCGCCACUAGACGGAAGUGCUUGGCGUCUUCCGGGCCAAGCGGCGAGCACACACGUGGGUAAAAGUUUACUGCGUUGGGGAAAGAUGUCGAGAAAACAAAGUUCUACUUCUUUAGCGACGGAAAAGCCGGACUCGCCGCCUAUCACCGGACGGACCCGCAGCGGCCGCGCUAUCCGUGCUCAACCAACGCGUCAUGCCUCCGAAACUCCGGCGAAGAGUUCCAGCCGUAGGACUACCAGGAGGUCUGUCAUACCGGAGGAUGAGCAGAACCCCACGAUAGAAUGUGUAGAACCUACAUUAGUGGAGCUAACCAAGGAGAAGCCCAUACUAGAAUGUGUAGAACCUACAUUAGUGGAGCCAAUGGAGGAGAAGCCCACGAUAGAAUGUGUAGAACCUACGUUAGUCGAGGACAAGCCCACUAUAGAAUGUGUAGAACCUACGUUAGUCGAAGACAAGCCCACUAUAGAAUGUGUAAAACCUACGUUAGUCGAGGAUAAGCCCACGAUAGAAUGUGUAAAACCUACGUUAGUUGAGGACAAGCCCACUAUAGAAUGUGUAAAACCUACGUUAGUCGAGGACAAGCCCACAAUAGAAUGUGUAGAACCUACGUUAGUGGAGUUGGUGGAGGAGAAGCCCAUGGAAGUCUGCGUGGAACCCACCCCAGCGGCGCCAAGCACAGAAGCCGUACCAGACGGCCAUGUGUCCAAGCCUUCACCGGCGGGGAGAGGGGCAUCGGUCCCCACAUCUCAGCCCAAGAAGAAGCCUCGUCUUGGGCCAAACGAGAAGCCCAAAGCCGUCGUUAUUCCUCUGGGGAAGCCCAAAUCAGGAAGAGUGUGGAAGAAUCGUAACAAACAGAGGUUCUCAGCGGUGGUCAGAGACUCGUCACUGUGUUCGUCCUGGGAGAAAAAGAUGGCGGCCAAGCGAGAGAAGCAGCUGGUGCAGCAAUAUUCUUUGCAGCUGAAAGAGCAGAAAGCCAAACAGAAAGAGGACAAGAGGAAACGCAGAGAGGACAACUUGAAACGACGCGAGGAGAACGAGCGCAAAGCGGAGAUCGUGCAAGUGAUACGGAACACGGCGAAGAUCAAGCGGAUGAAGAAGAAGCACCUGAGGAAGAUCGAGAAGCGAGACACGCUCUCUCUAAUGGAGAACAACAAAGACAAGCAAAAGGUCAAAAGCAAACCGGCAAAGAAAAACAAGACGGAAGAGUCGACCUGAAGACUGACGUACACACACCCAAAAUUCAUUAUUAUUGAAAAACUUUUAUUUUUUUUUCCAAACAUAUUUUGGAAAAUAUUCAUCUAUUAAGAAUGGGGAUUUGGAUUGUUUUGUGCACCCCUACACAAAUCUCAUUCCUAAAACUGUUGCUGUACCUUAAAAUGAAUGACCUUCUAUUAAAGUAAUGACAAAUAAA